UUGUAGGCACGAACACCAUUAGCAAAAAUAAAGCUGCUGCUUGGCGGGCAAAACCUCUGUGAUCUUUCGACUAUUCCUCAAACACAACACACUCCACACUGUCCUCCCUUUCUCUCUCCUAACUUCGCAAAUCAUCCCCAGAAAACCUCAAAUUGCCACAAAAAUGGUGACACGAAGGUUAGCUGAAGUAUCUACCAGCGAUGACGAGGGCGCUCCCAAGCCUUCCAGCAGCGAAGACGAUACUCUUUCCCUUCAUAAACGCCGUGACCGCCGCAGUCGCACCAUCCGCCGCCGAGCGCCGCUGUCUCCAUCUCCGCCUCCCAAGCGUCGCAAGAAGGUUCAGAUUCACGACGAAGACGACGAUGAAGAUGCACAAGAAGCCGGAAUUCAUGAGAAGGAAGUUGAUGACGAGGAGGAGGAGGAAGAGGAAGAAGAGGCUGUUCAGGAGGAUGCGAGACCCAUUGGGGAAGCCAUUAAGGUCUCGGGUAAAGGUAGAGGUCAUAAGAAGCACUACAAGGAGUUUGAAUUCGACGGUAAUCGGUUUGAGUUGGAGGAUCCCGUGCUAUUGACUCCAGAGGAUAAGAGCCAGAAACCUUAUGUGGCAAUCAUCAAGGAAAUAACUCAGAACAAAAAAGGGAACAUGAUGGUCACUGGACAGUGGUUCUACCGCCCUGAAGAAGCUGACAGGAAAGGUGGUGGAAGUUGGGAGGCCCGUGAUACGAGAGAGCUUUUCUACAGUUUCCACCGUGAUGAUGUUCCUGCAGAGUCUGUGAUGCACAAGUGCGUAGUUCAUUUUGUGCCAUUAAAUAAGCAGCUACCUAAUCGCAAACAACAUCCUGGGUUCAUCGUACAGAAGGUGUAUGACACCGUAGAGAAGAAGCUGUGGAGGCUCACUGAUAAAGAUUAUGAGGAUGGUAAACAAGAAGAAAUUGAUGUCUUGGUGCAGAAAACAAUUUCUCGUCUUGGAGAUAUUCCUGACGUUGAGGCAGACGAUAUUCCUACGGUUCAGUUGGAGGAGUUGGUAAGAAACAAGAGAAUGCUGAAGAAACGGCACCUAUCUCCGAUUGAUGUGUCAAACGAGGAUGAAGGGUCACUCAAGUCUCCUAGAGUUGAGACCCCAGGAAGCUAUGUUGCCAAUGCAUCCAAAUACUACACCAUCUUGGCUGAAGCAAAAGCGCUGACAAAGGAUGUACCGCGAGAUAAAUGGCUGGAAAAGCUUCUCCAAGGAGUUGAGUCUGUAUGUUCUUCGACUGACAAUGUGCAAGGAGAAAAUAGAGGAACAAGUGGAGCCAAUACCAUUAACCAUUCUAAUGGUGAUUUGGAUUCCCGAGAAGAAAGUAUAAAGGGUAUCAGUAGUUUUACAUGGCCAGAUUCUGCUGUUUCAGCCAUUGUUGCUUUGGAGAAGGCCUCGCACGAGGCAUUUAUAUCUGAUUUUAGCAAAUACAAUCAGAAGAUGAGGCAGCUGUCUUUCAAUCUGAAGGGCAAACUAGCCGGACGACUGUUGAGUGGAGAAUUGGAACCUUUGAAAAUUUUGAACAUGACACCGACUGAACUAAAGGAGGGUUUAACUACAGAGGAAAUAACUAGUAAUCAGCCUGAGGAGGCAGCAAAAAUGCAGAUGACUGAUGCUCUCUGCACAAGGUGCAACGUGAGGAAAGUUGGUCUGGUAGAUAUCAUACAAGCAGGUCACGGUGACCGCUAUCAGUUGGAGUGUGUUGCUUGCGGUAAUCACUGGUAUGCGUCUAGAGACGAGGCAGCUAUGCUGACAAUUGAUGGUCCCAGUGCUGGUCCUAGUGUUGGUAGCGCACCAUGGGCUACAACAAAAUUUGAAAAUGUAGGAAAAAAGAAGCUGGUUAGUCCUCGCGAUACAGACAAGGCAGAUGCUACUAAAAAACCCGUUGAAGCUUCCGCACCAAUUCUAGAGACUCAGAAAUCAAUCAACAAGUCCAAGAGUGACGGCAUAACAUCUCCUAGAAAUCCCAAGUAGCUAAUGUAUAUGGACAGAAUCAUCGAUGUAAAGCUUUGUAUAUAUACUAGUUAGUCCGUACGACAGUUUACAUAGCCAUGGGAGCCCAUAGUUCAGCACAUCAGCUCCAGAAUAUACCGCAAUUGCGACUCGGGUUAGGGCCUCUACUGUUACAAGAGCAACGGCCCUAGAAUUCAUUGGUAAUACCAUUAAAUGGUGUAAAGAAGUACUAGAUAUCUUCUUUGUUAUUAUUACACUGUUUUUCUAACCAUACCAAAGUCAAUUAUGUUCACCAUGAAUAUUAUGCAGUUGAUAUUAACUGGCUUUAUUUUUCCCGCUUACAAA